CUUCAAAUAAAGUAGCAGGAAUGAUGCAGUAUCAGCUAAUGGAGAGAUGGCUAAUAAUCAAAUGCGCCAAGGAAAUACAAGUGGACAUCCAACUUUCAAAUGCCCCUUGUGUCAGGAAGCCAAUUUUACCAGGCAGCGCUUGCUGGAUCACUGCAAUAAUAGGCAUCUUUAUCAGAUAGUUCCUGUAAUCUGUCCUAUUUGUGUAUCUCUCCCUUGGGCAGAUUCUAGCCAGGUUACCAGAAAUCUUGUUAGCCAUCUAAAUCUGAGACACCAGUUUGACUAUGGAGAAUUUGUGCCUGCUCUGGAAACUACUGAAGUAGACAUAGAUGGAGGAAUUGAUCAAGACAUCUUUGACAUCAAUGAAGCUCUAGGACUGGGCCUUUUUGAGGGAGACAUCAAACUUGAUGGGAUGCAAGAACGAAACUCCAUCAUUGGUGACGAAUAUCGCUGGCCCCAUGUCGUCCCCUAUGUCCUUGAUGAUAGCCUGGAAGUUAAUGCGAAGGGAGUCAUCCUCAAGGCUUUUGAACAGUACCGACUCAAAACCUGUAUUGACUUCAAACCUUGGGAAGGAGAGGAGAAUUACAUAUCUGUGUUCAAAGGAAGUGGGUAAGAGGAGAAGUAUAAA